UGAACAGUAUCUCGUGUUCUAACAACAUAUAUUUCUUCAGUCCUAACAUUUCUGUGCGUAAAGAAUAAUAUUAAUCAUUUAUUUGUAAACAUUGUUCGGUCAAGAUCAUUAUGACCUCAACUUAACCCUAUACAGGGCCAUGCGUAUAAAUGCACAUUCUGGUGACAACUUCAACACAUAAACACACUUUGACAUUCAUUAAUAGUCUUAAAACGGUACAGUCGGGUACAGUCCCACUGUUGUACUGACUUUGGCACCACAAGCACGUAUGUCGAGUUCCGUAGAGGCUAUUUAAGAUGGAUUUAUCUUUCCUGGACAGAGUGCUCCAAAUAGUAAAAGAUGAAAGAAAAAAAGAUGUACCGCUUGUACGUUUUAAGCAUCCUGAAGAGUUAGAGGCCAUUCUAGACUUGGACAUUGGUCAGGAAGUGAACGAUGAUGACCUGGAGCGGUGUGUUAGACAAGUCUUACAGUACAGCGUCAAAACAGAUAAGGCAACGUUCAAAAACCAGUUAUAUGGCUGCACUGAUCCAUAUGGACUGGCCGGCGCUUGGAUAGCUGAGGCUUUUAACACUAGCCAAUACACGUUCGAGGUAGCACCAGUCUUCACCCUAAUAGAGCUCAAAGUUUUGAACCAUAUUCUCAAUUUGUUCGGAAUCCCAAACGGUGACGGUAUAUUUAGUCCUGGUGGUAGCGUUUCAAUGUUAUAUGCUCUGGUUGCAGCUAGAUUUAAAGCUUUUCCCGAAGUCAAGAGGAAAGGCAUGAGAAACUUACCGGAGAUGGUCAUUUUUACUUCUGAAGACAGCCACUACUCAAUCAGAAAAGCUGCGCAUUGGUUAGGAUUCGGAACAGAGAGCCUUCGUCCCAUAAAGGCGAAUGAACACGGGCAAAUGAUUGUAAGUGAACUUGAAAAGGCUAUAGAAAGAGAAAAAAAAGAAAACAGAUAUCCAGUAUUGGUUAAUGCCACUGCUGGUACCACCGUCCUGGGCGCUAUUGAUGAUUUGAAUGACAUAGCUAAUGUUUGUAAGAAGCAUGGCGUUUGGAUGCACGUUGAUGCUUGUUGGGGCGGUAGUUUGAUGCUGUCGCCUAAAUACCGAAGCAAAUUACUGGGAGUUAAAAGGGCCGAUUCUAUAUCUUGGAAUCCUCACAAAAUGGCCGGCGCACCUCUGCAGUGUUCCGUAUUUCUUAUCAAAGAACGUGGGUUGCUUCACGAAGCUAAUUCUGCAGCGGCUCAGUACCUGUUUCAACAGGAUAAGUUUUAUGACGUUUCGUAUGAUACAGGCGACAAAAGUGUUCAGUGUGGAAGAAAGAUAGACGCGUUUAAACUCUGGAUGAUGUGGAAAUCUCGUGGAGACAUUGGACUUAGUGUGCUAACCGACAAAGUCAUGAGCAUAGCACAGUUCUGUUUAAGUGCCACUUCGAAAAUGGAGGGUUUCCGAUUGGUUUCUGAAAAACUGCAAUGCCCUAACGUGUGUUUUUGGUACAUUCCUAAAUUUAUGAGGAAUAAAGACGAGAACGAAGAGUGGUGGGAUCUAAUGCACAAGAUAACACCAAAAAUUAAAGAGCAGCUGACAUUGACUUCGAAACUGAUGGUAGCUUACUCGCCGCUACGACAGCACAAGAAUUUCUUUCGACUGGCCUUUACUUUCCAUCCAGAACUAAAUGAAAAUCAAGUAAUAGAAAUGCUUAAUGCAGUGAAGUUAUCCGGCGAAGCGAUCACCAAGGAGAUGUUCCCAUUUCGCCAAGACUACACUAUAGACAAAUGUUAAUAAAGACUAUAUUAACCUAUUUUCAAUUUGACCACAGACUAAGAAUUAACUGAAGUUUGACAAUAAACAAAGAGUAUAUAUACAUAUGUGUGUGUGUCAAAGACAUGGCAGUGUGUGUAAUGUUUUCUUUAUUGAUUUAAUGUAUCUUUUAUGCAUUAUUUAAAAAAAAUAUUAUAAUUGUGCACUCCUUCUCUAUAUUCUCUAUAAGUGUGGGAAAUUUCAUACUCCUCCAUCCGCGCAUUUUUCGUAAAAAGGGGUACAAAGUUUUUUGGUUCACGUAUUAAUAUAUAGAUAACAAACUGUAAUUCAAUGCUUAUAAGUUUUUUCUUUUAAUUUCCUAAAUCUAAGACUUACCAAGAGUGACCACAUAAUAGUAUUUUCUUAGAUUUUCGCGUGUUUAAAACUACAUUUACGGAUGGCCCUAAGGUUUUUAAUUGGAAUCCGAUUAUUCAACUAUGUUCCUGACCACGAAAACCAUAGAGUAUUCGAAAAGUCAGAAAUAAUAUAAUGACAAUAAAAAACAAGAGAUAAAACUGUAAAA